UCGUAGCUUUUCGUUUAAUUUCAGUCCUAUCCUCGAAGCAACAGGUUGUGCAGCAGCUUUUCCAUUUAAUAUAUUACCCAAGUCUGCUUCAUUGUAGAAGUAAUUAAAGAUCAAUACGAAAUGGUCAACACCAAGUUCUUAACGUUCAACAAUGGAGAGAAGAUGCCCGUGAUUGGCAUCGGCACCUGGCAGGCAUCUGAUGAAGAAAUUGAAACCGCCAUCGACGCGGCUUUGGAAGCUGGGUAUCGCCACAUAGACACGGCACCAGUUUACGGCAAUGAGAAAGCCAUCGGAAGAGUUCUCAAGCGUUGGCUGGACGCCGGCAAAGUCAAGCGGGGGGAGCUGUUCAUUGUGACCAAGGUGCCACCCAUUUCCAACCGCCCCCAUGAAGUAGAGCCAACAAUCAAAAAAUCGCUGGAAGAUUUACAACUCGAUUAUGUGGACUUAUAUUUGGUGCACACGCCCUUCACUAUUAAUAUCAACGAGGACGGAAGCUUUAAGCUUGACAAGGAUGGCCUGAUGGAGGUCGACGUUACCACGAACCACGCUGCCAUCUGGGUUGCUAUGGAGGCCCUGGUGGAGAAGGGUCUCACCAAGUCCAUUGGGGUAUCCAACUUCAGCAAGGAUCAGGUGGCCCGACUGUUAAAGAACUGCAAGAUCCGGCCGGCCAACAACCAAAUCGAGCACCACGUUUAUUUACAGCAGCGAGACCUGGUCGACUUCUGCAAGUCCGAAAACGUUACCGUAACUGCCUACUCCCCGCUGGGAUCCAAAGGGAUCGCCAAGUUUAAUGCUGGAAAGGGUAUCGUGAGGAAUCUGCCUGACCUGAUGGACAUCCCUGAGGUGAAGGAGAUUGCCGCAACCCAUGGCAAGACGCCAGCGCAGGUCCUGCUCCGCUGGAUAAUCGACACUGGGGUAUCCGCCAUUCCCAAGAGCACGAAUCCCGCUCGCCUUAAGCAGAAUUUAAAUCUCUUCGACUUCGAAUUGACUGCCGAGGAGGUGGCCAAGUUGUCCAGCCUGGACAAGAAUAUUCGAAUCUGUGACUUUGCAUUCUUCCAUGGAGUGGAAAGGCACCCCGAGUUUACCUUCAAGAAUCAGUACACGAGCUAAACGACAUAUUAGUCGGCAGUAUAUUUUUUUCGCAUUUCAUUACGUUGUGCCGAAUUUAUCGAAAAUCAACAACUUAUUUUGUAAAAGUUAUUUCAAAUUUUUUAUUUAUCGUUAAUUACCCUUAUUCGUAUUUUCGUCAUUACACACACAUAAAAUGUUGUUAGCCUAAAUUAUUUAUAUCCAAA